CCCCGGACGCGGGAGGUGCGGUCGCCGACCGCGCCACGACCAGCCCCAACCGAGAGGCGCCCAGAAAGGAGCCGAGAAAGUAUGGCUGAGGAGGAGGCGCCUAAGAAGUCCCGGGCCGCCGGUGGCGGCGCACGCUGGGAACUUUGUGCCGGGGCGCUCCCAGCCGGGCCGACCCCGGAGGAGGGGAACGGGGACGCCGAGAGCCGCCGCCGCCACCGCCGCCGCCCAGCGGAUCCCGCGCGCUGGGCGCGCCGGCUGCUGCUGCUGCUCUGGCUCCUGGAGGCUCCGCUGCUGCUGGGGGUCCGAGCGCAAGCUGCAGGCCAGGGACCCGGGCCGGGGCAGCAGCCACCCCCGCCUCCGCCGCCGCCUCCGCCGCCGCAGCAGCAACAGAGCGGGCAGCAGUACAACGGCGAGCGGGGCAUCUCCAUCCCGGACCACGGCUACUGCCAACCCAUCUCCAUCCCGCUGUGCACGGACAUCGCCUACAACCAGACCAUCAUGCCCAACCUGCUGGGCCACACGAAUCAGGAGGACGCGGGUCUGGAGGUGCACCAGUUCUACCCGCUGGUGAAGGUGCAGUGUUCGGCCGAGCUCAAGUUCUUCCUGUGCUCCAUGUACGCGCCGGUGUGCACCGUGCUGGAGCAGGCGCUGCCGCCCUGCCGCUCCCUGUGCGAGCGCGCGCGCCAGGGCUGCGAGGCGCUCAUGAACAAGUUCGGCUUCCAGUGGCCCGACACGCUCAAGUGUGAGAAGUUCCCGGUGCACGGCGCGGGAGAGCUGUGCGUGGGUCAGAACACCUCGGAUAAAGGGACUCCGACGCCCUCGCUGCUGCCGGAGUUCUGGACCAGCAACCCCCAGUACGGCGGCGGCGGCGGCGGAAGUCACCGCGGCGGCUACCCGGGGGGCGCCGGCUCGGCGGAGCGCGGCAAGUUCUCCUGCCCGCGCGCCCUCAAGGUGCCCUCCUACCUCAACUACCACUUUCUGGGGGAGAAGGACUGCGGCGCACCCUGCGAGCCCACCAAGGUGUACGGACUCAUGUACUUCGGGCCCGAGGAGCUGCGCUUCUCGCGCACCUGGAUCGGCAUCUGGUCGGUGCUGUGCUGCGCCUCCACGCUCUUCACCGUGCUCACUUAUCUGGUGGACAUGCGGCGCUUCAGCUACCCGGAGCGGCCCAUCAUCUUCCUGUCUGGCUGUUACACGGCUGUGGCCGUGGCCUACAUCGCCGGCUUCCUCCUGGAGGACCGGGUGGUGUGCAACGACAAGUUCUCCGAGGAUGGGGCGCGCACCGUGGCGCAGGGCACCAAGAAGGAAGGCUGCACCAUCCUCUUCAUGAUGCUCUACUUCUUCAGCAUGGCCAGCUCCAUCUGGUGGGUGAUCCUGUCCCUCACCUGGUUCCUGGCGGCCGGCAUGAAGUGGGGCCACGAGGCCAUCGAGGCCAAUUCGCAGUAUUUUCAUCUGGCCGCCUGGGCUGUGCCAGCCAUCAAGACAAUCACCAUCCUGGCCUUGGGCCAGGUGGACGGGGACGUGCUGAGCGGAGUGUGCUUUGUGGGGCUCAACAACGUGGACGCGCUGCGGGGCUUCGUGCUGGCGCCCCUCUUCGUGUACCUGUUCAUCGGUACCUCGUUCCUGCUGGCGGGCUUCGUGUCCCUCUUCCGCAUCCGCACCAUCAUGAAGCACGAUGGCACCAAGACCGAGAAGCUGGAGAAGCUCAUGGUGCGCAUCGGCGUCUUCAGCGUGCUCUACACUGUGCCGGCCACCAUCGUCAUCGCCUGCUACUUUUACGAGCAGGCCUUCCGGGACCAGUGGGAACGCAGCUGGGUGGCCCAGAGCUGCAAGAGCUACGCCAUCCCGUGCCCUCACCUCCAGGGAGGUGGAGGUGCCCCGCCACACCCCCCUAUGAGCCCCGACUUCACGGUCUUCAUGAUCAAGUACCUUAUGACGCUGAUCGUGGGCAUCACGUCGGGUUUCUGGAUCUGGUCGGGAAAGACACUUAACUCUUGGAGGAAGUUCUACACCAGGCUCACUAACAGCAAACAGGGGGAGACUACGGUCUGAGAUCCGGGACUCAGCUCCAUCCCCCAAAAGCCGGCCCCUUGGGAUCUCUGCCGGGCCAGCUGCUGGAGCCUUUCUCCCUAGACUCUCGCUUUUUGCAGGUCCCUUCCAACAGCCCGACUCCUGCAAAACUUUCCGUCCCAGGAGCCAGAGGACCCGAGGGCCCCGACUGCCAGAGGGGCACGGACUGAGCUCCCGUCCUCACUCUGGUGCCAGGACUAUGUGCUUUUAUGAUUGUAAAUAGCCUGUGUAAGAUUUUUGUAAGUAUUUGUAUUUAAGGACAACUGGUCACGCGUUUUUUGUUGUUGUUGUUUGUUUCCUUUUCAAGUUUUAAUUAUUUGGGGGCGGUGUAACCAUUUGAAGCUUUUCUCCCUUGCCUCUUUUUGAGGACUGCACAGGCAAAUGGGGCAAGCCGGUGGCCUGCUCACCUUUGCCGGCUACAGUGGGAGACUGACCUACUGGGGACCCACCUCCUAAACCGAGUUCAGCUCUGGAGGGGGUCACUCCCCACCCCCUUCAGCCCCUCCCUCCUCUUCUUUAUGGGAACUUGUGGCUCCUUGGUCCAUUUUAGUUCCUGGUUCCAAGGCUUGUCCCUUUGACUUCCUGAAGCUGCGUGUUUGGGAACCUUCCAUCGAACUCUGGCAGUGCCCCACCUCCCUUCACUCUGGCAUCCAAUGCCCACGUCCUCCCUCUUUGCACUUCAGUUGGUUAGAGGAUGAGUAAAAUAAGCAAUGCCAAACUUUUUGAAGUAUUUUUUUGGUUGAGUGAGCUCAUUUCACUCACUAGUGUUUCAAACUUGCAUGGGUUUGGCCAGCGUCAUGGAAAGAUGUGGUUACAGAGAUUUGGGAAGAGCAUGAAGCUUUGUGUGGAUUGGGAGGGCGAAGAAGGGGGUAUAAAAUGGCAGUUCUGUUGGUACAUGGAUGUCUGGCAGCCUGCCUUUGGGGAGAGAGGCAGCUGCAUUUAGAUUUUACCCUUCUGUAAAAUGGAAAGCUUUGCGAAAGUGUUGAACUUUGCUUUCCUAAUAGGACAGCAGAACGUAAGUCGAAUAUGAAAACUUGGAGAUUUCACUUCAAAAUGAAGUGCUGUUUUCUUAUUGUAAUCAAAUAACAAUUAGAUAUCAAUUAGAAAAUUUAAAAUGUAAAAGUUGUACACUUUGAACAUAUUCUGAUUAUUACUCAGCAACACAUUGUGAAGGAGGACCCCGUCCUCACCACCCAUGAUAACCUGGUCAAAUUUCAGGAGGGGGAAAGGAGUGAAAGGAGGUGGGAUCAUUGAUGGGCCCAGGUCCUGAAAGAACCAAAUAGGGACAUGUGUGCUAAAGGGAAAUGUGUCCAGGUCUAUCAUUCAAUCUUGUAUGCUCCUUUUGGGAUCUACAGGAAUGUGUCAAAUGUAAAUCUUGAAAGCCAUUUCAGAAUAUUAUUUUAGUUCUCUGUGAAGAAGAGGAGAAAAGCAGUCCUUCUGAUUGUAUAGUUUUAAACUUUAAGAGUUUAUUCAAAUACCGGUCGGUACAUAGGACCUAAAUUUAUCUAUGUCUGUCAUACUCUAAAAUGACAUUGGUCUUUGACUUUGGUAUGCAUUUAUUCUGUUCACUAUCACAAAGUCAUCUAUAUUUAUAGAAGAAUAGAAGUUUAUAUAUAAAUAUAUAUAAUACCAUAUUUUUAAUUUCGCAAAUAAAAAAUCAAAGUUUUGUACAAAAUUAUAUUGUUUUGUGCUUGAAAAUAAUAGCGCUUGAACUGUC